AUGGAGAUAUUGAUGCUGGUAGCGUAUCUGGCCGCUGGAACCGCCCUUUACGGUGUCAUCCUUGCCAUCUAUCGCAUCACCCUCCACCCUCUAGCACGUUUCCCGGGCCCGAAACUCGCGGCUGCGACGGGCUGGUAUGAGUUCUACUACGAUGUUAUCCGGAUCGGCACGUUCGUUUACAAGGUGGAAGAAAUGCACAAGCAAUACGGCCCCAUCGUCCGCAUCAACCCGCACGAGAUCGUAAUCGACGACGCAGACUUCUACAACCAAAUCUACAACACCCGGCCCGCGGAGAAGUGGACACUACAGAUAGCGGGAGUUGGCAUUGACGGCAAGCUAUUAUACCGCGUACGGGAAUUCAAGGAACUAACAUGCUCUUUGCAGGCUCGCACGUCGCGACCCGGAGCCAUGAACUGCACCGGCACCGCCGCAAACCACUCGAUCCCUUCUUCUCACGCCUGGGCAUUGACCGCAUUGAGUCUGCGAUCAUCGACGACGCUAAAAUGA